AUGAAGGAACAGGUGCUAGGAGGCAUGCACAUUGCAGCACAGCCUUUGCCUGGCAUGAAGGAACAGGUGCUAGGAGGCGCGCGCAUUGCAGAGCAGCCUUUCCCUGGCAUGAAGGAACAGGUGCUAGGAGGCAUGCACAUUGCAGCACAGCCUUUGCCUGGCAUGAAGGAACAGGUGCUAGGAGGCGCGCGCAUUGCAGCGCAGCCUUUGCCUGACAUGAAGGAACAGGUGCUAGGAGGCAUGCGCAUUGCAGCGAAGCCUUUCCCUGGCAUGAAGGAACAGGUGCUAGGAGGCGCGCACAUUGCAUCUGUGCAACAGCCCCAGCCCAGGUCAAGAAGGCGAAGCCAGAGAGGCCUGGCAAGGGAAGUAGGACCCGCGGCCAGAUCUUCUCGGGAUUCCCCUUGUCGAUGA